GGUAGAAGAGAAUAAACUUAGUCAUCCCAAUAAAGACCUGUCACAGUAGCUAUCCGAUAACAACAUUAAAAAUGAGUCAUAAAAAUGUUAAGACAUCUAACGAAUCGACUUUAUCAGGUGGCGGCGAAUUCUUUAUUGAUGACUAUUCACAUCUGCGCUUCUCGUACUAUCAAAAUCGGGAUGGCCCACUCGAUUCCACACUCGAAACGAUGUGCAAUUCCACGCUCCCGAGCGAUGAUGCCACCUCAACCACCAUGGAAACAAACGUAAGUGAUAUUGAACAUGUAGAUGAAAGGCAGGAACUUCGAAAUUAUUACGUCUCGCAAAUUCCGGAAUUGCCGCACCCAGCUAACACGGUAGCUUCCAUUAUAGCAUCUGCUUCAAAUAGUAUGAAUUCAGGCAAUAUGCGAUUCAAAUAUGCUGACAAAAUUGAAACGGCUAAAAAGCAACCUAGUGCUGAAUUGGAAUUUUCGCCCUCGCGCCGAUCAACGCUCAUGCCCAAAAAGAAUAACUAACUAAUUUCUAUGAUAACUGUCACUAAUUUUAAUUAAAGCUUAUUUUUGAUUGGGUUUGUUUCUUGUGGUUGAAUUUAUAUUAAGUGAAAUAAUAACGUAUUUAAAAUGUAUUGCAAUUAUAUAAAUAAAAUUGUAUUGAAUAU